CGACGUCAUAAAUGGAUGUCGUCGUAAACAAAAGAAAAUAAAACGACGAUGAUAUCACUUUUCUUAGUUUUUCUCGGUUUAGUGCAAAUAUCGUUGCAGGAAUCUUGCCAUUAUGAUACGACUGCUGGGACACUUGAACUGAAGAGCCUGGAGAGUUUUCCAUCUUUUCAGAGUUAUCAACAGUUCGAUGAGCCCUUGAACAAAACUUGGACCACAUAUUUCUUUCAUCCAUGUACGGACACAAAGACUCCCGUAGGAAACGAGGGCUGCAAAGAAGGAUUUUCCCUUUGCAAAAAAGAAACCAACGUUACUGAUACGAAAAUCGAGUCAACUUAUACAAUUGUUGGAAAAUCGUCCGAUGGUGUGUUCAAAGUAGAGGCAAACAAUUCGAUUUUCCUAAAGUUCAAUGAAAACUUAAUUCAACUAGUUUGUACGGCUCUAUUACCGUUGGAACAAUCCAAAUUGGUUCUAACGCCAGAUAAGAAUUUGAUAUUUUACUCAUCAGCUGCAUGUCUCAUGGAACACGCUGAAAUAUCUCAUAGCGUUGGUUCCAUCUUGCUUCUCAUUUUGGGAAUCUUGAUGAUUGUCUAUUUCAUUGGCGGCUACUUAUUCAAGUACAUUAUGCAAGGAUCUCGGGGCUUUGAAGCCUUUCCUCAUUACGAGUUCUGGACGGACUUGCCGUCAUUGGUGAGAGAUGGAAUUCGGUUUUUACAAAACGGAUGUCGUCCUGCUGCUGAAACGCAAGAUUCGUACGAGUCCAUUUAGUGUCUCGAAACAAACAAGUCGCCUGAUGCCAAAAAGAAACAAACUUCUUACCCCAGAUAAAUUUAGUUAAUAAAUGAAAACCUGACGAUUCUGUUUUAGAA